AUGGACAAGUUUCUACCUCCUAGUCAGCGUGAUGCUUUGCGCGAUCAGUUUGAAAAGCUUCGUCAGAACGACAUGACUGUGGCACAGUAUGAUGCAGAAUUCACUAGGUUGUCUCGUUAUGGCCUUGAGAUCAUUCCUACUGAGGAGGAUCGGGUCAGGAGAUUUGUGAAUGGGUAUAUAAGGUCCCACCGUACCGCCUUGGCUACUAAGGUGCGGAGGUCUACCUAUGAUCAGGUUCUAGAUAGUGCUAUGCGUCGAGAGGGAUACUUUUUAGAGGACAAGACUGAGCAAGAAGGGAAGAAGUCGCGCACAUCAGUGGUAUCCAGUUUGGCUCCAUCUGGGAGCAGGGGUAUUCAGGGUAAGGGGUCAUCUAGACCUCCUCAGUUAGCUUCACAUAAUCAUUCUCAGGACUCACCUAGUUUUCAGUCAGCCCGACAGGGGCAGGGGCAGCAACAGCACCAGAGACGUAGUUCUUUUCAGAACAGGGCUUAUCGUUGUUAUUCUUGUGGGAAGAACCAUUCAGGCAGAGUUGUAGGCGCAGUCCAGCUGGCAGCCCAGCAACAGGGUGCCAUUGCGGCACCACCUAUAGCCGCAGUUCCAGCUAGAUCAGUACCACAGCCAGGUCGUGGAGUAUCUAGACAGGGUACUCAGGGUGCACAGGCAGUGGGUGGACAGCCCCGUUUCUUUGCUUUGGCCAGACAGGAUGUUGAUGCAUGUGAUGCAGUAGUCACAUGUAUUCUCACAGUUUGUUCUCAUCCGGUAUUUAUCUUGAUGGAUCUUGGAUCCACUUAUUCUUAUGUAUCCCCAUUUUAUGCUGCUUGUUUGGAGCGAGUACUCGAUUACAUAGAUGCACCUUUUCUAGUAUCUACCCCAGUUGGGGAGUCUAUAGUGGUAGAUCGAGUAUAUCGUGAUUGUAUAGUAUCUAUUCAGAGUACAGAGACCUUGGUGAAUCUUCACGAGCUUCAGAUGGUCAGUUUUGAUGUCAUCAUGGGUAUGGAUUGGUUGGCAGCCUGUUAUGCUACACUUGAUUGUCGUAACAAGCUAGUUAGAUUUGAUAUACCUGGAGAGCCGAGAUUAGAGUGGAAAGGUACCACAGCAGCUCUAGAGAAGCGAAUCAUUUCUUAUUUCAAGGCCCGUAAGUUGAUUAGCCAGGGCUGUUUGGGAUUCAUAGCCAUGGUUCGAGAUACUCGAGCUGAGACAGUGACUAUAGACAGUAUUCCGGUUGUACGGGACUACCCAAAUGUAUUUCCUGAAGAUUUGCCAGGAUUGCCUCCCACCCGAGAGAUUGUGUUUUGUAUAGAUACUUUACCGGGGACUCAACCUAUUUCUAUUCCCCCGUAUCGUAUGACACCUGCCGAGUUAAGGGAGCUGAAGGAACAGAUUCAGGAUUUGCUUGAUAAGGGCUUCAUCAGGCCCAUAUUCAUUGAUGACAUAUUGAUCUACUCCCGUAGCCAGUUGGAGCAUGAGGUUCAUUUGAGGGUGGUGUUAGAGAAGUUGCAAGGACACAAGCUUUAUGCCAAAUUCUCAAAGUGUGAGUUCUGGUUAGAUACAGUGGCGUUUUUAGGUCACGUGGUUUCUAAGGAUGGUAUUCUAGUCGAUCCAAAGAAGAUUGAUGCAGUGCAGCAGUGGCCUAGACCUACUACUCCUACUGAGAUCAGGAGUUUCCUGGGCUUAGCCGGUUAUUACAGACGCUUCGUGGCAGGAUUUUCAGUAAUAGCUACAUCGUUGACCAGAUUGACGCAGAAGAAUGUCCAAUUCAAGUGGACAGAGGGGUGUGAGUUGAGCUUUCGAAAGCUCAAGACAGCUUUGACUUCGGCUCCAGUAUUGACUUUGCCUACUAGGGAGGGAGGCUAUUCAGUGUAUUGUGAUGCCUCGAGAGUGGGUUUAGGUUGUGUUCUGAUGCAGAGAGGCAAGGUGAUUGCAUAUGCCUCUAGACAGCUUAAGAAUCAUGAGAAGAACUACCCGACUCAUGAUUUAGAGCUAGCAGCAGUGGUCUUUGCCUUGAAGUUAUGGCGGCAUUAUUUGUAUGGCGAGCCAUCCUCAAUCCGACCUUUAGCUAUAGAUUUCCAGCGGUUGGCCAAUAGUGGUGUUAGACUUGAUGCCACGCCUUGUGGAGGGAUACUUGCUUGCGUAGUUGCACAGUCUUCUUUGAUUGAGCAGGUCAAAGCUCAUCAGUUUGAGGAUCGCCGGUUGCUUCAGCUCAAAGAGCAUGUGGAGUUAUGUGUACCAGAUGUAGGAAACCUAAGGCAGACUAUUAUGGAAGAAGCUCAUAGUUCUCGCUAUUCCAUACAUCCGGGAGAUACAAAGAUGUAUCAAGACUUGAAGAAACAUUUCUGGUGGAUGAGGAUGAAGAGAAACAUAUCUGAUUAUGUGGCUCGUUGUUUGAAUUGCCAUCAAGUUAAGUAUGAGCAUCAGAAACCUGGAGGGUUAGCUCAGAAUCUGGUUAUUCCCGAGUGGAAGUGGGAGAGAAUCACUAUGGACUUCGUGGUAGGCUUGCCACGUACUCUGAGGAAACAUGAUUCAGUUUGGGUGAUUGUGGAUAGACUUACCAAAUCCGCACAUUUUAUACCGGUUCAGACUACAUUCACAGCAGAGCAGUUUGCACAGAUCUAUACUCGUGAGAUAGUUCGAUUACAUAGCGUGCCCAUUUCUAUCAUUUCAGACAGAGGGUCACAGUUCACAGCUCAGUUUCGGCGGUCUUUUCAGAAGGCUUUGGUUACUAAGGUUGAGCUCAGUACAGCAUUCUAUCCGCAGACUGAUGGUCAGUCAGAGCGGGUUAUUCAGAUCUUGGAGGACAUGUUGAGGGCAUGUGCCAUCGAUUUUGGAGGUCAUUGGGACGAGCAGUUGCCUUUGUUGGUUGGUUCGUUCGAACCAGGUGAGAGGAAGCUUUUGGGUCCAGAGAUGGUUCAGCAAGCUUUGGACAAGGUAAAGGUAAUCCAAGACCGGCUCAAGACAGCUCAAAGCAGGCAAAAAUCCUAUUCGGACAAGAGAGUCUGUGAUCUUGAGUUCAUGGAGGGUGAUUUGAUAUUGUUGAAAGUAUCGCCCAUGAAGGGUGUCAUGAGAUUUGGCAAGAAGCGCAAGUUAAGCCCAAGAUAUAUUGGUCCUUUCGAGAUCCUAAAACGAAUAAGAGCAGUUGCGUAUAGAUUGGCUUUACCGCCGUCCUUAGCAGGAGUUCAUUCAGUUUUUUAUGUUUCUAUGCUCCGAAAAUACUCUAGAGACCCGAGCCAUAUUGUUCAGGUUAUUGACCAUGAGACAGUUCAGUUUGAUCAGAAGUUAGCCUAUAAGGAGGCCCAGUAG